GGCUGCUCAUCCACCCUCCUCAACAAAGUAGAAGUAGAGCCCAGACUCACCACUGCAGCACUUCUCUCAAACAGUCUUUCCUUAGAUACAUUUUCUUCCAUGAUGAGUUGGAUGAAGUGUUGUGUGUUCCCCCUGGUGCUGCUGUGCAUGUGGCAGCUGCAAGAAGGAGCACACGCCUGCACUUGUGUUUAUGACCAUCCACAGACGCAGUUUUGCCAAUCAGACGUUGCCAUCAAGGCAAAGGUGGUUGCCAAGAAGAAUGUUGGUGGUACAUUUGACAAUGUGAUCAACUAUGACAUCAAACUGAUCAAGAUUUUGAAAGGCCCUAUCAGACACUAUGAUACCAUCUGCACUGCAUCCUCCUCUGCAGCAUGUGGUGUGACUCUGAUCAAAGGUGUAGAAUAUUUUAUCAAAGGCCAACUGAAGCCAGACGGGUCUCUGUACGUGUCAUCCUGUAACUACCCUGAACCCUGGAAAAGCAGCCACAAGAUCCUGGUAGAACGUUAUUCGAUGGGCUGUGAUUGCAGGAUCAAUCGCUGCACCGCUGUCCUGUGUGACAUCACUGGUCCAACUGAGUGCUUGUGGACGGACUGGCUGACUGGGAAUUGGCUCAAUAACGAGCGUGACAAGCAAUGUGCUUGCAUCAAGAGAAGUGAUGGUUCUUGUUCCUGGUACAAGUAGGCUGCCUCACCCAAAAAGGGUUAAUGAAUAAUAUAGACCUUCGAAACCUCAUGCAAAACAUGUCAAUUACGAAUAAAUCUAUUUAAAGCAU